CUACCUUUCUGCGCAGGCGUAGAGGUCCCGCGUCCUUAGCCGGCCGAGCGGAUCCAGACGCGGGACGAGUGGAAGGUCGGUGGGGAGGGUUUGCUUAAACCAUGCCAGACUCUUGGGACAAGGAUGUGUACCCGGAGCCCCCGCGCCGCACGCCUGCGCCCUCGCCGCAGACCUCGCUCCCCAACCCCAUCACCUUCUUGAUGAAGGCCUACGACCUCGUCGUGGACCGGCCCGUGACCCUCGUGAGAGAGUUUAUUGAGCAGCAGCACGCCAAGAACCGAACCUACUAUUACCACCGACAGUACCGUCGAGUGCCAGACAUCACAGAAUGCAAAGAGGGUGAUGUCCUGUGUAUCUAUGAGGCAGAGAUGCAGUGGAGAAGGGACUUUAAAGUUGACCAGGAAAUCAUGAACAUCAUCCAGCAGAGACUUAAGGCUUGUCAGCAGAGGGAAGGAGAGAACGCACAGCAGAACUGUGCCAAGGAACUGGAGCAGUUCACCCAAGUGUCUAAAGCCUACCAGGACCGCUACCUUGACCUGGGAGCCUAUUAUUCUGCCAGAAAGUGCCUGGCCAAGCAGAAGCAGAGGAUGCUGGAAGAGAGGAAGGCUGCCAAGCAGACUGCUGCUGCCUAAGAUGCCCUCAAUGACAAGAGCUCUUGUUCAUUCCGCUGAAAUAAAAGUGACGGGUUUAGACACA